CAGCAGUAUUACAUCCAGUUUCACAUGGCCGGAAAUCAUACUCUGCCGGUUGUUAUAUAUAAUCACAUUUACAUGUAAAGGCUUUUGUCGUAUGUCGCAACUUCAUCUGAAUGAUAUAACAUACCUAACUAUCCUCGGGUUCAAUUACAACAGUCGCUCGCUCCUCUUACAUUGCACAACAACCUACCUACAUAGCUACAGCUAGGUAAAUAAGGGAGAUCUACCCAAUCAUACCAUCCAAAGGUCCAUUACAAAAAAAAAAUACAAAGCAUCAAUUCAAUCUCCCCAAUCCUACCCACCAAGUACCUACCUACCUAACCAUGGCCACCAACUCCCCCAAUCCCAUCCCCUUCUCAGAACCGCCCUAUCUCCGCGGCAUCCCAUCACCCUACUACACAGAAUCCCACCAUCGAUUCCAAAAAGCAUGUCGCGCAUUCAUCUGGGAGAACCUCCACAAGCACGCUCUCGAGUGGGAGCGCGCAGAGGAAGUUCCCGCACACGUCUACGAGACGUUCAGAAAGAAUAACAUGUUGCUUCCGAAUCUGCCCUCGCCGCUACCCGUUGAGUGGUUGAAGAAGUUGGGUAUUCAUGAUAUUCUGGGCGUGAAGGUUGAGGAGUGGGAUUAUUUUCAUACGGGGAUUUAUAUCGAUGAGAUGUCACGAAGCGGCAUCGGCGGACCCGGAGCAUCAAUGUCUGCAGGAUUCGCAUUCGGCAUCCCCCCAGUUCUCAAAUUCGGGAGUCCCGAACUACACGAACGCUUCCUGCCUGAUUUCCUAACGGGUCGAAAGAGAAUGUGUAUUGCCAUCACGGAGCCCGAGGCCGGUAGUGACGUUGCCAAUAUCACGACGACGGCUACGAAGACACCUGAUGGAAAGCAUUAUAUCGUUAAUGGAACUAAGAAAUGGAUCACCAACGGCAUCUGGUCCGACUACACGACCAUGGCCGUCCGAACCGGCGGUCCAGGAGCCAAGGGCCUCUCUCUCCUCCUUGUCCCUUUAAAGAACCACCCCGGCGUAACGAUGCGCAAGCUCAAAGUAUCCGGCCAACUCACGGGCGGAACGACCUUCAUCGAGCUCGACGACGUCCAAGUCCCCGUUGAAAACCUCAUCGGCCUCGAAGGCCACGGCAUGCACUACAUCAUGACGAACUUCAACCACGAACGACUCACCAUCGCUAUUGGCGCGACGCGACAGGCGCGCGUGGCGCUUUCGUCUGCAUUCGAGUACUGUCUGCAGCGCGAGGCGUUCGGGAAGACGCUCAUGGAUCAGCCGGUCGUGAGACAUCGGUUGGCGAAGGCGGGAGCAGAGCUAGAGAGUCUUUCUGCGUGGAUAGAACAGUUCUUGUUCCAGCUCAAGAAGAUGGAUAGGAAUGAGGCGGAUAUUCAGCUUGGUGGUCUGACGGCCCUGGCGAAGGCGAGGUCUGGUAUGGUUCUGAAUGAGUGCGCGCAGGUUGCGGUGUUAUUGUUUGGUGGAAAUGGAUAUACUCGUACGGGACGGGGGGAGAUUGUAGAGAAAAUCUACCGCGAAGUUCCUGGAACCCGCAUCCCCGGCGGCUCCGAAGACGUGCUUCUCGACCUUGCAGUUCGUCAAUUAGUCAAGAUUUUCCAAGUUCAGACGAUGAUGUUGGGAGGAGGGAAGUCGAAAAUUUGAUUUAAGCAUCAUUCCCACAACAGAAAUACCCAGAAAAAAGGAUAUAUUAAUGUUUGGAACGGGGAAUAUAACUUAUACCCCUGUAGGUGGUCUAUGAGGAUUUGAAACACUAUGUAUACUGCCAGUGUGAGAAUGAGAAUGACAUCCAUCAUCUAAAGACAGAGAAAAUAGAUAGAUACUAGUU